AUGAACUCGACACGCGACCCGUUCAACCUCCGAUCCAAAGCCACCCCGGCAGCAUUUUCCCUCCUCCAAGCCGCCGCGCAAAAGACAGCGCACUCGUCCGCGCAAGCCCUCGCCUCGACUAGACAGGCUGUCGAGGCCACCACCCAGGCGCUCAGGGACUCAGAUAUGUCCUUCGCUGUCCCGCGCAACGUGCCGAAUUUCGAAAACGCCCAGCGUCGCUUUGAAGAUAAUGUCUGGAAUAAGUUCUCGGGGACUGAGAAGGGAUUGCCAAUGUACAAAGAUAAACCGGAGGGGAAAAGUCAUGCGUAUGGGGUCAAGGGGCGGAGGGGUUUUUUGAGGAGUAGGAGGGGUGUGGGCGUGGUUGCAUUGGUGCUGCUGGCGCUGGUGUAUUGGUUUGGGUGGAGCAGUGCGCCGGCUGAGGCGGCGGAUAAGACGAAGGAGAAGGGCGCGAGUUGGGGCGCCAUUGGGGGCGGCGCGAAGAAGAGCAAUGUUGAUUGGGAGAAGAGGAGGGAGGAUGUCAAGAAUGCGUUCUUGCUGAGCUGGCACGCGUAUGAGAAGCAUGGAUGGGGGUACGAUGAAUACCACCCAGUGUCGAGGAAGGGCAGGUACAUGGCAGAACCGAAUGGCAUGGGCUGGAUCAUCGUGGAUGCGCUGGACACGCUGAUGCUCAUGAACCUCACGACGGAGCUGAAGCAUGCGAGGGAAUGGGUGUCGACGACUUUGGACUACAACAAGGACCAGGAUGUCAACACUUUCGAGACGACGAUUCGGAUGCUGGGUGGACUCCUCUCUGCGCAUUACUUGCAAGAGACGCUACCGGGCAUGAAGCCAGACAACCAAAAAGAGGAAGACUUGUUCCUGGAGAAGGCAGACGACCUCGCCGACCGUCUGAUGGGCGCAUACGAAUCCCCAUCUGGCGUCCCCUGGGCCAGCGUCAUCCUUAAAGACGGCAAAGGCGAGGCCUCCCACGCAGACGGCGGCGCAUCCUCCACCGCCGAAGCAACCUCACUCCAGCUCGAAAUGAAGUACCUAGCCUACAUAACUGGCGAAGGCCACUACUGGGAGAAAGCUGAGAAAGUCAUGGAAGUCGUCGACAACAACGGUGCCAAAGACGGCCUUCUCCCCAUCUUCAUCUACGCCGACCGCGGCUCCUUCCGCGGCAACGAAAUCCGUCUCGGCAGCAGAGGCGACAGCUACUACGAAUACCUCAUCAAGCAGCAUCUCCAGACCGGCGAGUCCAUCUACCGCGACAUGUGGGACGAGUCCCUCGCAGGCGUGAAGAAGCACCUCCUCACAUACACCAAGAACAGCCACUUCACCGUCCUCGCCGAGCGCCCAUCCGGUCUCGACGGCCAUCUGCACCCCAAAAUGGACCAUCUCGUCUGCUUCUACCCCGGCACCAUCGCGCUCGCCGCCACCGGCGGCCUCUCCGUCUCCGAAGCACGAAAAUUGCCCUCUUGGGGCAAACAGCAGGAAGAAGACCUGAUCCUCGCCCGCGAACUCACCAAGACAUGCAUGGGCAUGUACCGCGUAACCCCCACGGGCCUCGCGCCCGAAAUCGCACACUUCGAGCUCGCCGACCCGCCGCGCAUGUACGCCGACGGCGUACUCGAGUCUACAUCGCCCAUGGCCGUCGAGCCCCCCGCAGAUGAUCACUGGAAAGACGACUUCACCAUCAAGCCCGCGGACGCACACAACCUGCAGCGCCCCGAGACGGUCGAGUCGCUGUUCUACAUGUGGCGCAUCACGGGCGACGAGCUGUACCGCGAGUGGGGCUGGGAAAUGUUCGAGGCGUUUGUCAAGCACACGCUUGUGGAGAAUGGAGGGGGAUUUACGAGCGUCGGAGACGUUAUGGAGGUGCCGCCACGAAGAGGGAUAUAUGGAGAGUUUCUGGCUGGUAGUCUGCAUCCUGGUUCGGGUUGGGCUUGUGCUAAUGUUGACUGUGAAUAG